AUGAUUCAAAAAUUAUGGUGCAGAGGAACCGAUUGGGAUGAACCCAUUUCAUCAGAUCUCAAAGAAGAAUGGCAAGUUUUUCAGAAAGAACUGCCUUUAAUACAACACGUUAAAAUCCCAAGAUGGAUAAAUACACAUAAUACACGGCAAUCGGUGGAAUUGCACGGCUUUGGUGACGCGUCGGAGAAGGCUUAUGGAGAAGUUGUCUUCAUACGUGUCCUUGAUAAUGCCGAAAAUAACCACAUACAUAUUUUAAUAUCAAAAACAAAAGUGGCUCCAUUGAAAACAGUCAGUCUACCACGACUAGAACUUUGUGAAGCUCUACUCUUGACAUCACUGUUAAACUACACAAAAGAAGUUCUCGAUGUCUCGAACGCAAAGGUAUACGCAUGGUCAGCCUCAAUGAUUACGUUGGCUUGGAUUAAAGCACAACCUUUCAAAUGGACAACGUUUGUCAGUAACAGGGUUGCUGAAAUCCAACAAUCAACAAACUGCGAUAUUUGGAAACACAUUCCAACAGCCCAUAAGCCAGCUGAUUUAGCAUAUAGUGGCGUUUCACCUUCAGCAUUAGGAACACAAGACCUUUGUUGGAUAGGGCCCUUAUUUUUGCGAGAAAAGUGGCAAUUUGAAAUACCCGUACAACCAUCUACUCUCGACACCGAAAGUGAACGGAAAAGAAACAAUGCAAAGAUCAUUAGAGCAAUUGCAUUCUGUUAUCGCUAUAAAUGGAAUUGCCUUGCAAAAAGACGGAAAACAUUAAGGAUUUCAGGAGAAUUGAAUCCGGAUGAGCUACAAGUUGCAGCCUUAUUAGUGCAUAAAGCAGUACAAAGGCUCAUGUUCACUGCAGAACUGAGUGAAUUAGAGAAUAAAAACACAAUUCCCAAAUUCUUGUUAUCACUCAAUGCCUUCAUCGAUAGUAAUGGGUUACUUCGUGUGGGUGGCCGACUCGAGGACACACUACUUUCACAUAACCAGCAACUUAAGAUCAUUCUGAAACCCAAUUACCACUUCUCUGAGCUAGUAAUGCGAGAUGCACACAAUAAGACCCUACACGGAGGAAAUCAGCAAAUUGCGGCCUUCAUUCGUAUGACUUACUGGAUAACAAGACCUAAACAACACCACCAACAGCAGCAGCAGCAACCACUAAACACAACACGCACUUAA